UCUGAGGUUCUGCUUGGAGGUUUGGAUCAUGGUGGAACCGGCAUCGAAACCUGCUGCCGUCCUACUGCUGUUUCUACUGCACAGCUGCCUGGCGAACCAUGUUUUCCUCAGCAGCCAGCUGGCCUCGCAGGUUCUGGUCCGGAACCGACGGGCCAAUCAGCUGUUUGAGGAGAUUAAACCAGGGAACCUGGAGAGAGAGUGUGUCGAGGAAAUCUGUGACCACGAAGAAGCCAGAGAGGUGUUCGAACAGCGAGAUAAAACGGAAAACUUCUGGGUGAAAUACCUGGACUGUAAAGGAACUGAAAUGGCAAGAACGAAAAAAAACAUAGACACUGUCAGGCAAUGUAUAGCAGGUCAGUGUAUUUUCGGUAAGGGGGUGAACUAUGAAGGAAAUAUCAACAUCACAACAUCAGGGAGACAGUGUCAGAACUGGAACUCCAACUUCCCACACCCCAUCAUCAGGGAGUUUAAUAGCUCAGAGCCAAACAGCAACCUGAAGGAGAACUUCUGUCGAAACCCUGACGACCGUUCUGAGGGACCCUGGUGUUUCACCCAAGACCCGGUGGUCCAGAAAGAGCCCUGCAGCGUACCCAUAUGUGGCGAGGUCUUUAUCCCGCCCACUCUGGCUCCUGACCUGGUCCAAACUGGCGAGUGUUUACCCAACUACGGCAUAGACUACGUAGGUGACCUGGAUGUUACCCUGGCAGGCCACACCUGUCUGCAGUGGUCAUCACCACGUGUCGUGGCCCUCAGCAAAGACAAGGACUUCGUCCCCGAGGUCAUCCUGCAAGGCAACAAGUGCCGUAAUCCCGACAAGGACCCCGAGGGCCCCUGGUGCUAUGUGGAGAUCUCUGGAAACGUGACGGUCGACUUCUGUGACCUGAACCUCUGUGAGGAACAGUUGACUGACGACGUGUUGACGUCAGAGACUGAAGGCAGGGAGCGCUCCGUCUUGGGUGCCAACAGGAAGAUGUUUUUCAAUCCUCGCACCUUUGGACAAGGAGAGAGCGAGUGUGGACAGCGCCCCCUGUUUGAAAAGAAGGGUAAGAAGGACACCAAGGAGGACGAGCUAAUGGAGUCCAAGAGAGAAAAACGCAUCGUUGGGGGCGACGAAGCCGAGGUGGCCUCAGCACCAUGGCAGGUGAUGCUGUACAAGCGUAGCCCCCAGGAGCUGCUGUGUGGAGCCAGUCUGGUCAGUGAUCAAUGGAUCGUCACUGCAGCUCACUGCAUCUUGUACCCGCCCUGGAACAAGAACUUCACCAGCAACGACAUACUGGUCCGCCUGGGAAAACACCAAAGGGCCAAAUUUGAGCGUGGCAUCGAGAAGAUUGUGGCGAUUGAAGAAAUCAUUGUCCAUCCCAAGUACAACUGGAGGGAAAAUCUGAACCGUGACAUCGCUUUGCUGCGCGUGAGACGGCCAAUCACAUUCACCGAUGAGAUCUCCCCCAUCUGCCUGCCCAACAAGAAGGUUGCCCGGAUACUGAUGACCGAGGGCUACAAGGGGCGAGUGACUGGUUGGGGGAACCUAAAGGAAACCUGGAGCCCAUCAGCAAGAAAUUUACCCGAUGCCCUCCAGCAAAUCCAACUACCAAUCGUGGACCAGAAUAUCUGUCGCAGCUCCACAUCGGUCCGGAUCACAGACAACAUGUUCUGUGCUGGUUUUAAACCAGAUGACACCGAGCGUGGUGACGCCUGUGAGGGAGACAGUGGUGGACCGUUUGUGAUGAAGUACUUGGCUGAAAACCGCUGGUAUCAGAUUGGCAUCGUGUCGUGGGGCGAGGGCUGCGACCGAGAUGGAAAGUACGGCUUCUUCACCCACCUUUUCAGGAUGGGCAGGUGGAUGAAGAAAGUUAUCGAGAGGACAGGAGGAGGCAAUCGCUAAGUACAAUAAAACCAACAU